AACAUCGAUAGUCACAUUGACCACUGAACAGCUGUACGGUUUUGUUUACCUUUGGCCUCACCAUCCCUACCCUUUACAAUCUCCGAGAUCUCCAGCAUCCCGUGGCCUAGCAACCACAAAUACAAUUAUGAAGGGAAUGGAGCAACAAGAGAGGAUUAACCUGGACGUGCCACGCUAUGACCAGUCUGAGUUCAGAGGGAGGCUGAAACAUUUCCUUGGCAUCACUGACUGGCGGCUCUGCUUCAAGGGGGAUGAGGAACUGAACCAAGCCAAGGAGCUCCUCCAUAAGUACAGGCUGCACCAGGAGCCGCCUGGAACUUCUGAGGAAAAGAUAUGGCAGGCCAAGAGACUAUACGAGUCGGCCUUCCAUCCAGACACCGGGGAGAAACAGAACCUUAUUGGACGCAUGAGCUUCCAGGUUCCUGGCGGCAUGAUGUUGACGGGAGCCAUGAUGACCUUCUAUAAGUCUACCCCAGCUGUUGUGUUCUGGCAGUGGGCUAACCAGUCUUUCAAUGCGCUUGUUAACUACACCAACCGUAAUGCCAAAUCUCCCCUGAGUGUUGAGCAGAUGGGGUUUGCUUAUGUGUCGGCCACUGGUGCAGCGCUUGUCACUGCUCUUGGCCUUAAGACUUAUUUGGGCAGCCGAGCAUCAACUCUUGUUCAGAGGUACGUGCCCUUUGCAGCCGUGGCUGCAGCUAACUGCAUCAACGUUCCCUUGAUGCGCCAAGCUGAACUAAUGAAUGGCAUUGUCGUGUGCGAUGCAAAUGGCAAUGAACUGGUAAAUUCCAAGUUGGCAGCUGCAAAGGGCAUCUCUCAGGUGACCUUUUCCCGCAUCUUCAUGGCAGCUCCAGGCAUGACCAUUCUGCCUGUGAUCAUGGAACGGCUGGAGAAGCAAAACUGGCUUCGUAACAAUCCUCGCCUCAAUGCUCCCUUCCAGAUGCUUAUGUGUGGGGCAAUACUCACCAUCAUGACUCCCACAGCCUGUGCAGUCUUUGACCAGAAGUGCUCAAUCAGUACUUCAACCUUGUCCAAAAUGGAGCCGAAAGCCUACAGUGAACUGGAGAAGAAAUUCUCUGGAAAUGUGCCUGAUGUAGUAUACUUCAACAAGGGGCUGUAAGACCCCUGCCAGUGCUCCCCUAGCAUUGGCUGAGUGCUCAUUGUGGCAGCAUCAGUUCUUGCAUACUGGGUAUCUGUAUUCUUUCAGUUGCUGUGUGGUGUCUGGGCAUAGGCCUUUAUCUUUACUUGCCUUGUCAUAUUCUGGAAAUUAGUGAAAUGCAAACAAUUGUGAUGUAUUGCUGAUGUAGUUUUUAUACUAGAGAAGUAGAUAAUUUAAAUUUAGUAAUAUGCACAAUCACUUACACACUUGAAAAUGUGCUUUUAAUUAUAUGCCACACAUGAAUGUACAUUAGUAUUAUUUUAUGAAUAAGUAGAAUACUGAUUAUUUCCAAUUGAGUAUGUAAUGGAAGUAGUUGGAUGAGUUAGUGCAAUGGACAUGUUUCUGGUUCUGGGAAGAGUCCAGAAAUGCAUUGUGCCACGUACCAAUGAUAACGUAGUGCACAUAUUACGUCCUAUAAAUUGCUAGUUGACUGGAUAUUGUAGAGAUAUCUCAAAUUCUUCUCAUCUCACGGGGAGAAACCACCAUUAGCUCGUGACUUCAUCAGGCUGAAGCGGAGUACACUAGACGACAGUACCAUUGUUUUUUUAUAAGCUAUGGCCACUCCAGCUCCAAACUGCACCCAACAGGUAUGUUAUAGGUGCUUACAGAACACCUUAAGAGUGUUGAAAAUAUGUUAUAUUAUUGAAAUGGGAGUGAAAUUAACCGAUUCGCCUCUGCUCUUCAGAAAAUAGUUGAGUUCACGAUUAAAAAUUAGUCCGAGGGGGAACUAUAGAGAAUAAUCAAGGUUGAAUUUAUAUUAGUAUUAUGGAAACUUACCUAGCCUAACCUAGAGAAAACAAUGGCUCUGGAACGUCAGAGAGAGAGAAUCAACGCCUGAAGAUGAAUAAGAAGAAAACGAAUGCAGACCAAUAUUUUAUAAUCAGAGGACAUGACAGUAGAGAGAAUAGUUGAAUUCACAAUGAAAAGUUAGUCCAAGGGGAAACUAAAGAAAAUUACUGCAGGAUUCACUAGCACAGACAGAAAUAUCUUAUGUGGAGUACUUUUGCCCGUAUAUAUAUAUAUAUAUAUAUAUAUAUAUAUAUAUAUAUAUAUAUAUAUAUAUAUAUAUAUAUAUAUAUAUAUAUAUAUAUAUAUAUAUAUAUUACAUACUCUUGCACAUUGGCACGAAUCACCAACGACUGCGGGUUACGUCUCCAGGCAUUGCUAAACACUAGAAACAUACACCACAACACAAAAUCUCGGAGUAACACAAAGUUGGCGGCUUGCUGACUGCAUUGUGACGUCACGACCAAUCAGCACCCGUUUCCAGGUCACGUGAUUUUUCCUCAACUUUAAUCCAUAUUUUAUACCACAUUUACUAUUUUACAUGAAGAAAAAAUAGUACCAUAGCUGAAUUUAGGGCCUAUUUUAUCCAUAGAGACAGAAUUUGAAAUAAAUAUGUUGACUGGAAACAUGUCCAUUCAUGUUCAAUUGAUGAGUCUUAUAAGUGUCCAGUCCAGCACAGAACAUGUCCAAGCACAUCUUUGAGUCCAGAAAUACUGAGGGACAAGACUGCACUGGAGAAUGGAAGAAACAUACUUUUAUCUGUAGUAAUGUGGUAUAAUUAUAGUUGUAAAUUUGAAAUUUCAUUCCCUCGAUACGAAUGGGCAGCCAGGAAAGCCCCUCAAGUCUUUCUCUGUAUGUGCAAUAUUAUUGUUAUCAUGUUUUUGGUGUGGCCUUUUGCCUGCUAUCCACUCUCCUCUGGGGCCAAGGUCUGUUGGUGAUCUCGCACUCACACUUGUUGCUUCAGAUUCUCUACCCAUGUGAUGAUUCCAGCAAACUGCACAGCAAAGUGAAAGUGUAUUUUGUUGAUAUUUGCUCAUUGUUUGUACUGUUACUUUUGUUGUGGUUACAGAGUUUAUUACUUUUAGUCACUAGGGCUUCCAGGAAAGUUUUACCCUCCACUUAAUAAUGGUUAUGGUGAUUGAUAUAUGACUGUGAAUAAUAGAUGUGCUCUAUAUCUUGCUUGUGUAAUGUAAACAGUUUUGGAUGUUCGGUAUAUUAGUAACACAUUGCAUGGGUGAAAUAUGUCAGGCAUGACUUGUUUUAGAAAUGUAUGAUAGGGUGAUGUGGGGGAAUACCAUACAAGGGGGUGGACCGUAUAAUCGCCGUUAAACAGAGAGAACUUAUUAUUUUUUUUACAUUUUUGCUUCUGGCGCCGGUAGGCUUGUUUUUGGAGGGCCCUGAUGGUAUUGCCCAGCCCGUUGUGGUGCAGGCCAAUGUUUAUAGUGGCGCCAUCUUGCAUUGGCUCAUGCUGCCCUCCUGGAGCUCAUCUUUAAUCCUAGAAUCUAGAGUCCGGGUUGAUAGGUGGUCUUCUGGACAGCAUGUGGGUAGUUUUAAGCCACUCGGCUGUAUUAGCUAGAGUCCCUUGAUCUAUCAAGGGACUCUAGUAUUUGCAACACUGCGAGUGGACAUAAUGACGACGAACAAGAUGGCUCUUUUUGUUUACCAUGGCACUCCACUUGUCAAUAGGAGGUAAGAUUUUUUUUUUUUCGACAUUUGGUGUAAAUCUAGGCAUUCACAUCAUAUUGUUCUGUCAUAAUGAAUGGGGCAUGAUCAUGAUGGUAAGGUAUUGAAUAUGAAUAUUAGGCAAAUUUACGUGAUAUUUGACAAUAUACUUAACUUUUAUCCAACGUGGUUGCUGUGAUACUGGUUGGAGGGUAACACGUGUAUGAAGGGCCUUACAGUACAAUGUAGUGAGGGAUUUAGCGUACGCGGGGUAAUAUUCACGAAAGUGUAGCCUACUUAUUUCGAGAUGCAGACUGUUUAUUUCUGGACAAAAUAUGAGGCCGUUUAUUAUGGAGAUAGUGUUUUUUUCCGGAAAUCACUAAAUGAUUGACUUUUCAAUGCCUUUUGUGCACCUGUUGCCGCAGCCUCAAAAUAGCUCGAAGAAAGGUUCAACUUGGGGGACCUGUGUGAAAUCGGGGUUGUUGGGUGAGGGAGCAUAUUUAAACUACUCCAACCGAACUUUACAUAACCUAACCUCUAACAGGGGGCUUUGCCCCCUCCUAACCAGGGGCAGCCCCCCUUGAACCCCCCACAUGUAUGAUACACCAGUAAAACUAGAGAAGUAAAACAGCAUGUGAGACCUUGGAAAGGUUAUUAUUCUCGAUAACUUUGUUGUAGGCUAGUGUUAUUGCUCAUUUAACUUGUUUAAAAUGAUGGCUUUCACAUCUACCUGUGAACCACAGUUUCAUAACAAAAGGGAGAGUUUGCAACACAUCAACCAUCAAAUUUUGUUUGCUGGUGCAUGUGCAUAUGGACACUAGUGGAAGGUGGGUCAUCUAGAAGGAAGCUUGGGAAGGACGGACUGGGGAUAUGCAUGCAUGCAUGCAUGAAUGGCUUGAAGGAGAGAGGACCAAAACACAGGGUGAAGAGAGGCUUAAAGGCUGACUACACAUGGGCAAGGGGUUGCAGGGUGAAUGAAAGGGAUUGGGCGGUCUCCAUAGUGAAACCACUAAACACAGUACACAGAAUAGUUCAUGUAUUUGAAAUAUCAUUACAUCCAUUUGCAGGUAUUGGAUUACUCAUACAAAAACAUUAAUCACAGCUUAAGAUUUUAGACUCAAAAGUAAAAGUUUAAAUUCUAAAACUUAAUAUAUGUAUAAUGAUCCACAAGUUUCUAUGCAUAUGCUCGGUACACAUGUCACCCAUAUUUUUAACUGGCCAAUGUUCGUUGAAAGUGGUUCGCAUCAAAUUACCUUUUGAUCAUAAAAGCUCCCAAAGCUUUCCAACCGAUGGGAAGUUUUGAGACCAGCAACCCUUCAGCAUUACUGGCCUCACCACCAGAAAAGUGUACGAUUUAUUGUUGAUAUAAAAUAAUUAUAUAUAUAUUUUUUUUUGAGACAGUUAACAAUAUACCUGGUGUGUCAACAUCUGUAUUUAUAUGUUAUUUAUUUUGCACUGUUUGGCAUCUGUGGUAUACCAAGACAGGCAGCCAGUGCACUAGUGAACUGUAAGGUUGUGAAAACAUUCCCACGGCAAUCAGUGGUGCACCUGUGCUUUUCAUGUGUUACCAAUGCAAGUUUCUUUAGUGUUUAAGGGAAAGUGCAAUGACAAAUAAAGACAUAUAUGUAAAA